AAAAUAAAUACAAGUAUACGGAUUAAAAAUAAAUCUCUCAUAAUAAUACGUUUUAGAGAUAGAGAGAGAGAGAGAGAGAGGAUCUCGAUUGGUCUCUCACUCUCUUGAGCGCCUCGUUAAUUAAUAGUAGUAAUUAUUUACGUCGGAUCCCUUGCAAUUUAACGAGGUGUUUGAAGCUGUGUAAUUCUUCAUCUUUUCCAAGUUUUGUUCUCGUUUGGGUUUGAAGGAAUUGCAUAGGUUAUUAGAUAGAUAGAUUGAUAAUUGAAGAGCAAAACUGAGGCCGCGGAGAUGGACAAUAUAAUGGGCAAGAUUCGGAGCUUGGACGCGUACCCUAAGAUCAAUGAGGAUUUCUACAGCAGAACCCUCCCCGGCGGCGUCAUCACCCUCGCCUCCUCCAUUGUCAUGCUCCUCCUCUUCAUCUCUGAACUCAGUUUAUAUCUUCAUGCUGUGACUGAGACGAAGCUAGUAGUAGAUACCUCAAGAGGAGAAACCCUACGCAUCAAUUUUGAUGUCACUUUUCCUGCUCUUCCAUGUUCCAUACUCAGCCUUGAUGCAAUGGAUAUUAGCGGCGAGCGACAUCUUGACGUUAAACAUGACAUCAUCAAGAAAAGAAUUGAUUCCCAUGGUAAUGUAAUUGAAACAAGGCAAGAAGGUAUUGGCGCUCCAAAGAUUGAAAAGCCCUUACAAAAACAUGGUGGGAGGCUUGAACAAAAUGAAACAUACUGUGGAUCAUGCUUCGGUGCUGAAGCGUCAGAUGAUGAAUGUUGUAAUUCUUGUGAAGAAGUUCGUGAAGCAUAUCGAAAGAAAGGUUGGGCAGUGUCAAAUCCAGAUUUGAUCGACCAGUGCAAAAGAGAGGGUUUUUUACAAAGGAUUAAAGAUGAAGAUGGUGAAGGAUGUAACAUAUAUGGGUUCUUGGAAGUCAAUAAGGUAGCCGGAAAUUUCCACUUUGCACCAGGCAAAAGUUUUGACCAUGCUGGUGUUCACAUGCACGAUCUGCUGGCUUUUCAGAAGGAUAGUUUCAACAUAAGUCACAAGAUCAAUAGAUUAGCUUUCGGAGAAUAUUUCCCAGGUGUUGUGAAUCCUCUUGAUGGUGUACAUUGGACACAAGAGACACCAAGUGGAAUGUACCAAUAUUUUGUCAAGGUGGUACCUACUGUAUACACGGACGUUAGUGGGCACACUAUCCAAUCUAAUCAGUUCUCUGUUACUGAACAUUUUAGGAGUGGGCAAGUAGGUCAACUUCAGUCCCUUCCUGGAGUUUUCUUCUUUUAUGAUCUUUCGCCUAUCAAGGUUACUUUCACUGAGGAACACGUUUCAUUUUUACACUUCCUAACAAGUGUCUGCGCUAUAGUUGGAGGUGUGUUCACUGUUUCGGGGAUAUUAGAUUCCUUCAUAUAUCAUGGUCAAAGGGCAAUCAAGAAGAAGAUGGAAAUUGGUAAAUUUAGCUGAGGAGAUCAAUCUAGACGGCUUUGGCAUGUGUUGCUACUGUAUUCUGGGUUGGGUUUCUCAUAAGUAAGGUCUUCUGGAAGGAAACAAUUUCGAAGCAGGGAAUGUUAAAAUGGACUCUCCCUGAAGGGUGGCGGGCUUCUUUCGACACAACAUUUGAGGACUAGUACUUGGAGUUAACUGAUAUUUAAAUACCUUUGACUUACCACAGUUUUCAAAUUCCAAUCAGCUGUAUUUCCAGUAUUGGCGUGGAUGUCUCUUUGUAAGAUUUUGAGGAAUGUGUAAAGGAGAACAAGCUGGAAAUUUCUAAUUUGAUUACAUCCGAGUCGUCGAUUUGACUAUUCUUAAAA